AUGGGCUCCGUCGUCCUGACCCACCUCAACAGCGGCUGGCACGUCGACCAAGCCAUCCUCUCCGAAGAAGAGCGCCUCGUCGUCAUCCGCUUCGGCCGCGACUGGGACCCGGCCUGCAUGCGCCAGGACGAGGUCCUCUACCGCAUCCAGGACCGCGUCAAGAACUUCGCCGUCUGCUACGUCUGCGACAUUGACCAGGUCCCCGACUUCAACCAGCUCUACGAGCUCUACGACCCCUGCACCGUCAUGUUCUUCUUCCGCAACAAGCACAUGAUGGUCGACUUUGGCACCGGCGACAACAACAAGCUCAACUGGGUCCUCGAGGACAAGCAGGAGCUCAUUGACAUUAUCGAGACGGUCUACCGCGGCGCCAAGAAGGGCAGGGGUCUCGUCGUCAGCCCCAAGGAUUACUCGACGCGGCAUCGCUACUAG